GUUUGUAACCAUUUGAAACCAUCACAGACGAUGAAAACGACGCAUUAUUCUUUCUUAAUAUCACAAAUUUACUUAUUGUUUUAUAUACAUUUUUUAACAGCUUGUUGUAUUUAAGAGUCAAUAAAUGUAAAUUUAGUAAAUAUCGAUUUGGGAUAGGUAAAAGAGUAUAAAAUUUGUUAUAUGUUUUUUGUUAACAAACUCGCCCUAUCUUUAUCUAUCUGUCUCUUCUGAUAAGAGAUUCAGAGUUCACAGGAUUCAGUGUAGCAACUAUAUUUUAUUAAUAAGUCCUCCUCAUAAUGUCUGAAACUCCUGGUGUAGAUAUUUUGCAACCGUUGCCAAUUGAUAAAUGGAACCUUCUUCAAAAUAAGCUCAAAUAUAAAUGGCCAUAUUAUGCAUAUCAUUAUUAUUGGAUUGAAACUAGUCUUAAAUGGAAAAAAAGGGAUCCAAAUAUUGCAAUUGAAAUAUAUUGCCCCUAUGGAAACUAUGAAAAUGGUACUUUUAUUGGAAUAAACCAUAUUGGAUUUUGUUCAAUAGUGUUAUUGACAUUAGAUCCAAAUGAUGAGAUCUUAAACAAAAUGUUAACAGAAACUAAUAUAAUUAAUUGGAAUAAAGAAAUAUGUUUUGCUUCAGUACAUGGAUCUAUUGCAUCUAACGUUCUUUCUUCCAUAGAAAAUCUUAAGAGUUUAAAAAAAGUGAAAACAAGCCAUGCAUUUUCAUUUAAUUAUUAUUUUAAAUCUGCAGAAGAUUGUGCAAAAGUAGAGAUAAAGGUUCCAGAUGGAUGCUACACACGAUCUUUAAAUACAUCAGAUGUACCAUUGAUAAACUCAGUAUGGCCACAUAGAAAUCCAGUAAACCCUGAGUUAUCUAUGAAAUAUUUAAGUACAGUGAUAGAAUUGAAUGGUGGAAUAGGGCUAUGUUUAAGGGAAGAUGAUACUUUAGUUUCUUGGGCUAUGCAACCUAAUUGGUGUACAUUAGGAAUUGUACAAACUGUGGAAGAACAUAAAGGCAAAGGAUAUGCGAAAGUAGUGGUAAAUUUGUUUGCAAAAAAGCUUGGAGAAGAAGGAAUUCCUGCAGUAUUAUUUAUUGUACAAGGGAAUGUUCCAUCUGAAAAAAUGUUCAAAGGUCUUGGAUGGCAGGUGAUUUCACCAAUCAUGUGGAUUGAAUGUGGAAUAAUUGAAAAGUCAAAAGAGGAAUAAAUUUGAACAAUUAAGGUGAAUUGUAUAUAAGACAAUUUUAUUUUCGUUAAUAAAUGCUAAUUA